AUGACCCCCCCGCCGCCCCAGCUAAUGUCAGAGGAGCUCCAGUGGUUCGUAGAGAUCGAUGAUGAUGAUGAUGAUUCUGCCGUUUGUCAUUUUGCGCGUCAGAGCGGAGGAAAGAAGCAACAGCUGCACCGGGAUAAUUGCCUGUUUGUGCCUCCCGUCAGUCAGACUACGCUGUUCGUUAUGUUCCACCAGCUGACGGAUCAAACGACGAAUGGCAGCUGUCAGGGACCCACCUCAGCAUGCAAUUACAGUGCUAAUGGAGACGCGCUCCAGCUGCCCACUUUCUCCACCGCGGCCAAAGUCAGAGUCAUCAUCACCUUCACUCUGUGCGCUGUGUCAGCUGUGUGCAACUUGGUUGUGCUGUGGGCUGCCGGCAACGGCGGCAAGCGCAAGUCGCACGUCAGGAUCCUCAUAAUGAACCUGACUGUGGCGGACCUGCUGGUGACUUUCAUCGUGAUGCCCGUGGACGCAGUGUGGAACAUCACGGUACAGUGGCAGGCGGGAGAUGUCGCCUGCAGACUGCUGAUGUUCAUGAAACUGGUGGCGAUGUACUCCUGCGCUUUUGUAACUGUGGUCAUUAGCUUGGAUAGGCAGUCUGCAAUUCUCAAUCCUCUGGGCAUCAGUGAGGCCAAAAGGAAAAGCAAAAUCAUGUUGACUGUGGCCUGGACAAUGAGUGUAAUCCUCUCGCUCCCUCAGAUGUUUAUAUUUCACAAUGUGACCAUCACCGUCCCGGAGAACUUCACCCAGUGCACCACCCACGGCAGCUUUGUCCAGCACUGGCAGGAGACAGUCUACAACAUGUUCACCUUUCUGUGCCUCUUCCUCCUGCCUUUGGUCAUCAUGAUCUUCUGUUACACACGAAUCCUCAUUGAGAUAUCCAGCCGCAAUAACUUGCUGUCGAGAGAUGUUCAUCUACGCCGCUCCCACAACAACAUCCCUAAAGCUCGGAUGAGGACUCUUAAGAUGAGCAUCGUCAUCGUGACGUCAUUCAUUGUCUGCUGGACCCCGUACUACCUGCUAGGCCUGUGGUACUGGUUAUUUCCUGAAAAAAUGGAGGAAACCGUCUCUCAUUCACUGACACAUAUGCUGUUUAUCUUUGGCCUCUUCAGCGCUUGUCUAGACCCCAUCACGUAUGGUUUGUUCACCAUUCAUCUUCACCAGGGUCUUAAGAGAUGCUGUCUGACUUCAAGCACACGGAGUAAAUUAGAAAACACAACUUGCCUUGCACACACUCAUCAGUCGUCUCACAGGCGGAUUGCCUCAAGUGGCCACAAUACAGACACUGAGGGAGGAAACGACAACAGCUCAAAAAGUGGCUCAAGGCCAAUCAUGCCAGUAAGCAAGAUGUAAUGGCUUAAAUUAUUUUAAUACAGGGACCAAGUGUGCACACAUCCAAAUAAUACUUCACUGCAGGGGCAAAUUGGAGGUCUGCACCUUGUCUGGAAACUGUUAGUCUCCAAAUAGAUUUUUUUUUUUUUGUGUGUGGCAUUUUUAGGCCUUUAUUUGACAGGAAAGCUAAGACUUGAAAGGGGAGAGAGAGGGGGAACAACAUGCAGCAAAGGGUCGCAGGACGGAACUAAACCGUGGCUACCGCGGUGAGGACUGAGCCUCUGCAUAUGGGACGCAUGCUCCACCAGGUGAGCUACCCAGGCGCCCCCUAUUUUUCUAUUUUUAAGGUAACUUUCGAUUUACCUGAGAAGGAUCUUGUAGAUCCAAAGAUUGCCUUGAAAAAAAGAAAAAGCCUAACAGUGUGCAGACCUCCAUUGUGGCCCACAGUUAAAGAAUUCCACUGAAAAGAAUCUCUGCUCUUAAUCAGUGAUGAGCUUAGUCUUUCUCCAGAGAUGACAGGUAGUUAAAUGAUGUUGCCGUAAAAUGAUGACACUCCAUACAAAUCAAGUGUUCUUUUGCCAGACGAAUCUGUUCAUUUUUGUUGUAAUGGACAGCAUAUUAGAGCUCUGCCCUGGUAUGUUCAUCCUGCAUCUUGGAUGCCACUGAUCAGAUUUUGAGAAACCGCUGCAGAGUGAUGCAUGCAGCAUUUACAAAAAGCACCAUGAUUGGCUGAGGGUGAAGCUGUACAUCACACAGACUGGCUCACACACUGCUGACUGUAUUUCAUUAAGCUUAAAGACUCGUGGGAAAGAUUAAAUUCAGGUUGAACUGAUGACAAGUCUGCUUAAAGUCAUAAAUGGACUAAAAAUGACUUGCACCCAUAUGUUUUAGCACCACUUUUUUAUAACAGUAGCAAACAACAACAACUUUGAUUCACAGGCGCACACACAUGUGCAACACACAAACACAACUACUGGGUUUUACUGGGUAGAUCUCAAGAUAUCCUGUAAUAUUACUUGCGUCAAAGAAAGCACAGAAACAAAAAUGUUUGCAUUUGAUUAAAGAUAAUCAAAUAGAUCACAAACUGUCUGUGGUGUAACCUUUAUUUUUAUUUUGUAUUUAUUAUCAAGAUCAUCUGCUAAUCAUUGUUUACUGACUGAAAACUGCUCUAAGUUGUCAUUAGUAGUGUUGUGUGUGCAAUGUAAAAGGUUGUUAUUUUGUUUCAUUACAAACAUGAAUGUUAUGACCUGCACAGCAUGUUGUCGAUUUAUUGACUGCUUAAUUUGUCCAAGAUGAAUUCUGUAUUUACUGUGUUGCAUAAAACCACACUGGAGACAAACAUUGAUUAAUUCAUGCCAUUUGUCAUAUUUUACAUUAAUAUUAGUGUUAUUGGGGUAUUAUGUUGUGAAUUGUGUUGCUUUCUGUGACCAACAAAUUAAUUAAAAAACUGCUUAAUUUAAAUUUCAAACUAUGUGAUAUUGUAAAGUUAACAGUAAACAAUUAUUUUACCUUUCUGAUAUGUUGUUGCAAAAAAAAGCGAGAUCAAUAGCACUUGUUUGUUUGCAUGGAUUUGUUGCUUUCCUGCAAGUUAUGGAAGAUGUUGUAAUGUAUACUUGCAGUGUGUUUAUUUGUUGAAUAAAACAAUGAUGAUGAUUAUCAUUAUGGUAUUGGGAUGAUGAUGCUUUUAGUGCAAUCGCUAAUAUAUCUUGUCAUUUAUUCACCAUCAAAAUAAAAAC